GGUAGCCAUAUUGCUCGUGAGUUGUCAGUCAACGUGACAAAAUAUUAUUUUCAUUUUGGAAUUAAAUUUUAUUUAUAUUAAAUGCAUUGUCAGUGUGUUCUUUUAAAAUAAGCAUCUACCGCGUGGAGUGUUGUCAAUCUUCAGUGUUGUUUGAAUUAUUCACUCAACAUGCCGAAACAAAUGAAUGUGCGAGUGACCACAAUGGAUGCCGAGUUGGAGUUUGCUAUCCAGCAGACGACAACCGGCAAACAGCUGUUCGACCAAGUGGUCAAGACCAUCGGCCUCCGUGAGGUUUGGUUCUUCGGCCUCCAGUACACAGACAGCAAGGGUGACCUUACCUGGAUCAAGCUGUACAAAAAGGUGAUGAGCCAAGAUGUCAAGAAGGAGAACCCACUACAGUUCAAGUUCCGAGCCAAGUUCUACCCCGAGGACGUUGCCGAGGAGCUGAUCCAAGACAUCACUUUGCGCCUGUUUUACCUUCAGGUGAAGAAUGCCAUUCUGUCUGAUGAGAUAUAUUGUCCGCCAGAGACAUCUGUGUUGUUAGCCUCGUACGCAGUGCAGGCAAGGCAUGGAGACUACAACAAGAACAUCCACAACUCUGGCUUCUUGACCAACGACAGGCUGCUGCCUCAGAGAGUGAUGGAUCAACACAAGAUGACGAGGGAGGAGUGGGAGCAGAGCAUCACCACGUGGUGGAAUGAACACCGGGGGAUGUUGCGUGAGGACGCCAUGAUGGAGUAUCUCAAGAUAGCCCAGGACCUGGAGAUGUACGGUGUUAACUACUUUGAGAUCCGCAACAAGAAAGGAACUGAGCUGUGGCUUGGAGUCGACGCUCUUGGACUCAAUAUCUAUGAAAAAGAUGACAAGUUAACGCCCAAGAUUGGCUUUCCUUGGUCAGAGAUUCGAAACAUCUCCUUUAAUGAUAGAAAGUUUAUCAUCAAGCCAAUUGACAAGAAGGCGCCAGAUUUUGUGUUUUUUGCUCCUCGAGUGCGUAUCAACAAGCGCAUCCUAGCUCUGUGUAUGGGCAACCAUGAGCUGUACAUGCGACGGCGCAAACCUGACACCAUCGAUGUGCAGCAGAUGAAGGCCCAGGCCAGGGAGGAGAAACAGGCCAAGCAGUUGCAGAGGGAAAAGCUUCAAUUAGAAAUAGCAGCAAGAGAAAAGGCAGAAAAGAAGCAGCAAGAGUACGAGGAGAAAAUUAAAUCAAUGCAGGAUGAUUUGGAGAAAAGGCAAAUGGACUUAGAAGCAGCCAAGGAGAUGAUCCGACGGUUGGAGGAGCAGCUGAGACAACUACAGGCUGCUAAGGAGGAGCUGGAGCAGCGCCAGAACGAAUUGCAGGCUAUGAUGGAGCGGCUGGAGGAAAGCAAGAACAUGGAGGCUGCUGAGAGAGCCAAACUGGAGGAGGAGAUCAGAGCCAAGCAAGAGGAGGUGUCUCGUAUACAGACUGAGGUCACGGAAAAGGACCAGGAGACUAGGAGACUGCAGGAAGAGGUUGAGGCUGCACGUAAGAAGCAGAUCGAGGCGGAUGCUUUGCUGUUGGCUGCCACGACGACGCCCCAGCACCACCAUGUGGAGGAGAAUGAGCAAGAUGAGAAUGACGACGAGCUACCUAAUGGGGAUGUGAGCAAAGAACUGGACACUGAUGACAACAUCGUUGACCCUGUUGAGGAGCGACGCACACUGGCAGAACGCAAUGAGCGCUUGCACGACCAGCUCAAGAUGCUGAAGCAGGAUUUGGCCCAGAGCAGGGAUGAAACCAAGGAGACAGCAAUGGACAAAAUUCACCGGGAAAAUGUGCGUCAAGGCAGGGACAAAUACAAGACAUUAAGAGAGAUUCGCAAAGGCAAUACUAAGAGACGGGUCGAUCAGUUUGAAAACAUGUAAAUUAGAGACUUAAAAAAUAACCUUAGUGAUUAUGCCUUAGCAUCUCGAACUGCUAGGUACAUAAAUACUGCAUCUGCCAGCAGAUAACAGCAGUGGCUCAACAGUACAAGGUAGCUGAAACAAAUUCUAUAUAUACUAUCAAGCCCUUCCAAUCGAAUUUCUUGACACCUCGUGAUUUGUUGAACAAGGAGCUUGUGACUGUGAGAGUUAAGUGUUACUGAACAGUAAUUUUAUUCGAAUUGAGACAUUUCAUUGUUGGUAUUAUUUACACACUUCUAUUUAUUUUGUGGUCUCUAUCGAAUGCUCUUGCUGUUUGAUAACAAUAAUACAUAUUAAUAAAUAAACUCAUUUUUCAUCUUUCACUUUUAAUUUUAAACAUCAGUAUUUUCCUGAGAAGUUAUUGACUCUUCCUAAUAGUAGUUAUAUUCUGUGUUUUCUUGAUUAUUUUAAUAUCAUUAUAGAUAAGCAUUAUUACAUUCCAUAGUUUGUUGUUUAUCUGUUGUUGGUAGUUAGUCCCUGUUUAUCGCGCUUCCAGUGUUGUCAUAGUUUAUUAUUUAUAGCUCAAUAUUGAACUACCCAUGUUGGCCUAAUGGUGCGUUAACAUGUCUUCUUUAAGUUUGUUGAACACAUAUCUUUCAGAAUGGUGGCCUUUGCCCCUGUAAAGGGCUUAAAUAAGUUAGGAUUAUUAACAUUUGAAAAGUUAUUUAUUUCAUUUUUUGAAGCAAUUUAUUUUCCUACAAGUGAUUGCUGUGUGUUAAAAAUUUAACAAAUAAAUUUUCUUAUACAACUGAAACACAAAUCUUUACUUUGCUAUUUUACUUAAUGAAGUUCCUUAAGUAUCCUUUGGACUGUGUUGAUUACAAAUGGUAACUUAAUUGGAAAUGCAAUAGUAUCUCUAAUGAUAACAUAUAUUUUCUAAGAAAUUUUGAAAUGUGAAAUGUACAUGUAUUUUAGUACCUUUAUACACAAUCAUUUUGGUAUACAUUUCAUUAAAGUUUCAUAUACUCAUCAGGUUUCACCAUGGUCAUUUAACUGUGGUAAAAAAUCAUAUUCAAACUAUACAGGAUUAAUUGUUAAUGUAUGUUAUGUACUUAUUUUACCUUUGUAUAAAGCAUAGCAAUUUCGUAUUUUGCUAAAGUCUAUCUUAAAACUUAUAAAUUCUUAUUAUAUUCAUUUUAUAGGUAUUAUAAGUUUAUUUGUAGAUAAAUUUUGUUUCUUUAUUAAGUAAUUUUCUUUAUCAAUAGAGUUUUAUGUUAACAUUUUAAGUUAUGUAUAGUAUUAAAAAUAAAUUAACAGGG